AGGUCUGCCGGACUCCCCCGGCGGGACUCGCAGCGGCUGAGCCUGGCGCUCCGGGCGGGCCCGGCUCUGAGCUCGGCCGGAUGAGGCAGCGCAGCGCGGGAAGCUCUAGUAGCGCCGAGUGGCUCAGUCCCGCCGCCCUUUGAUCUGCCGCGUAGGUGAUGCCGCCUGCAGCUGCGGACUCCUGUCCGAGCCAGGGCGUCAGGGUGAGCCGCUGUGGGGCUCUGGGACCGGCGGGUCUGCACGGGGAAGGGCAUCUGAGUAAAAGAAAAGGAAGGAAAAUGAAAUUCCUAUUCUUAAUAGCUUUCAUCCAUCUCUUACCACAAUGCACCGGGAAACCUUUAAGCUGGGAUGAACACCAACAUUGGCACCAACACACAUUCAAAGAAAUUAAAAGAGAAAUAGCUGGGUAUUCCGAUAUUGCCAAGGCUAUUAUCAACCUUGCUGUUUAUGGCAAUGCCCAGAACAGAUCCUAUGAAAGACUGGCACGUUUCGUUGACACCAUUGGACCUAGACUCAGCGGCUCCAAAAAUCUAGAGAUGGCCAUCAAAUACAUGUUCAGUGUCCUGCAGGAGGAUAGGCUGGAAAAUGUCCACCUGGAGCCUGUAAAAGUGCCUCACUGGGAGAGGGGAGAAGAGUCUGCUAUGAUGUUAGCACCAAGGAACCACAGCAUUGUUAUAUUAGGACUUGGAAGCAGUGUUGCAACUCCUCCAGAAGGAAUUACUGCUGAAGUCCUAGUGGUCACCUCUUUUGAUGAACUGCACAAAAGAGCUCAAGACGCCAAGGGGAAGAUUGUUGUUUACAACCAGCCUUUCAUCAGUUAUGAAGAAACUGUCAAAUACAGAUUACUGGGAGCAGUUGAAGCUGGUAAAGUUGGAGCGGUGGCAUCCCUUAUCAGAUCCAUUGCUUCCUUUUCUAUUAAUAGCCCUCACACUGGGUGGCAGCAGUACCAGUCUGAUGUGCCGAAGAUUCCUACAGCUUGUAUUUCAGUGGAAGAUGCCGAAAUGAUGGCACGGAUGUCUUCCCGAGGCACCAGGAUUGUUGUGACCCUGAAGAUGGAAGCCAAGACCUAUCCUGAUACUGGUUCCUUUAACACUGUGGCAGAAAUAGUCGGGAGCAAGUACCCAGAACAGGUUGUACUGGUCAGCGGACAUCUGGACAGCUGGGAUGUUGGGCAAGGAGCCAUGGAUGAUGGUGGUGGAGCAUUUAUAUCCUGGGAAGCAUUAUCUCUUAUUAAGGAUCUUGGGAUGAGACCACCCCGGACUCUCCAUAUUGGGGUGUGGAGGGGUGAGGGCUCUGGGGGUGUGGGCUCUGGGCAAAUAUAUUGGUCUCUGACAAAAGGUAACAUCUCCAACUUUGACAUCGUCAUGGAGUCUGAUUCGGGUACCUUCAUGCCGAUGGGCCUGGCUUUUACAGGCAGUGAUAAAGCUCGUGCCAUCCUGAAGGAGAUUAUGCAGCUGCUGCAGCCUAUCAAUGUUACAAACAUUUAUGAAAAUGGUGGUGAAACAGACACUGAAUAUUGGGUGAGAGAUGGAGUACCAGGUGCCAGCUUGCGUGAUGACAUCAGUAAAUACUUCUGGUUUCAUCAUACUCAAGGGGACACAAUGACAGUUCAGGAUCCAAGCCAGAUGAAUCUCUGUGCUGCUGUUUGGACUGUCGUCUCCUAUGUAAUUGCUGACAUGGAAGAGAUGUUGCCAAGGUAAUAAAAAAGCAAGAAAGAAGACUUAUAUUCUUCAGUCCACUAAUGCAUGUGGUCCACAGCUGUGGGAAAUUCCUUUUCCAUCCUGGUUUUUGCUGAUUUUUGUUUUUGUUCUCUGACCUCAAAGCAUUCCUUUUACAUGGUCCUGUUUACUGAUUUAAUGCCUUCCAUUUGUGAUUUUAUUUCAUGUUUCUUCUAUUAAGUAUUUUUACCCUCUAAUCAAUGUCUAAUGUCUGUCUCCUAAAAUUAUGGCAGAAUAGCUGUCUAUAAAUAAGUAACUCUGUAUAGCAGGAAAAUACACUGAAUAAAUCUGUUGCAUCAGAA